AUGGCUGCGUUCAGCUGCACAAGGCUGAGGUGGGCCCUCCUGGGCACGCGUGUGGUGGGUCGUGGACUCUGCCCACAGGGGGCCAGAACCAAGGCAGCGAUCCCGGCGGCCCUUCGGGCAGACGAGAGUGUGGAGGGUCCUACAGGAGGUCAGAAGCAGCGGCAGCUGCGGAGUCUGGAGGAUCUUCCCAGUCCCGGACAGCUGCGCUUUUUAUUCCAGCUAUUCCUACGGGGCUAUGUGCUGCGCUUGCACGAACUACAGGCGCUGAACAAGGUCAAGUAUGGCCCAAUGUGGACAACCCCCUUUGGGACUCAAACCCAUGUGAAUCUGGCCAGUGCCUCGCUCUUGGAACAAGUGAUGCGUCAGGAGGGCAAGUACCCAAUCAGAGACCACAUGGAGCAGUGGAAGGAGCACCGAGACCACAUGGGCCUCACCUAUGGGAUCUUUGUCACACAAGGACAUCAGUGGUACCAGCUGCGCCAGGCUUUGAACAAGCGGCUGCUGAAGCCUGCCGAGGCUGCACUCUACACGAAUGCUUUCAAUGAGGUGAUUGAUGACUUUAUAACCCGUCUGGACCAGGUGCGGGCCGAGAGUGCAUCAGGGGAUCAUGUGCCAGACAUGUCUCACCUUCUCUACAACUUUGCCUUGGAAGCCAUCUGCUAUAUCCUGUUUGAGAAAAGGGUUGGCUGCCUGGAGCCCACCAUCCCUGAGGACACCGCCACCUUCAUCAGAUCUGUCGGGUCCAUGUUCCAGAACUCCGUCUAUGUCACUUUCCUUCCCAAGUGGACUCGUCCUCUGUUACCCUAUUGGAAGCGAUACCUGAAUGGCUGGAAUAACAUUUUUUCCUUUGGGAAGAAGAUGAUUGAUCAGAAAGUUAAGGAGGUAGAAGCCCAGCUACAGGCAGCUGGGCCAGAUGGUGUCCAGGUAUCCGGCUACCUGCACUUCCUGCUGGCCAAUGCAUUGCUCAGUCCCGAGGAGGCCAUCGGCACCUUUCCUGAGCUGCUCUUGGCUGGUGUGGACACAACAUCCAACACGCUGACAUGGGCCCUGUAUCAUCUUUCCAAGAAUCCAAAGAUCCAGGAGGCCUUGCACAAGGAAGUGGUGGGUGUGGUGCCUUUUGGGAAGGUGCCCCAACAGAAGGACUUGACCCAUAUGCCCCUGCUGAAAGCUGUGAUUAAGGAGACCCUGCGCCUCUACCCUGUGGUCCCCACAAACUCCCGGAUCAUCUCGGAAAAGGAAACUGAAGUCGAUGGCUUCCUCUUCCCCAAGAACACCCAGUUCGUGUUAUGCCACUACGUGGUAUCCCGGGACCCCAGUGUCUUUCCUGAGCCUGAGAGCUUCCAGCCUCACCGAUGGCUGAGGAAGAAAGAGACUGAAAACUCCCUCGUCCAACACGCAUUCGGCUCUGUGCCCUUUGGCUACGGGGUUCGGUCCUGUCUGGGCCGAAGGAUUGCAGAACUGGAGAUGCAACUGCUACUGUCCAGGCUGAUACGACAGUAUGAGGUAGUCCUGGACCCUGAGAUGGGGGAAGUGAAGUCUGUGGCCCGCAUUGUUCUGGUUCCCAGCAGGAAGGUGAGCCUGCAUUUUCUGCAGAGACAAUUCUGAGCUGGGCUCCUACCUCCAUGGGGCUUGUCCAGGAACCCUGGCCAGUCUCAUGUCACAUGUCAGGAUACCUGAUCUGACAGGGGAGCUCUAUGCCCUUCCCAUAGACCCCAAAUGUCUGGCACAAUCUCUACUGAGCAGCACCCAUUCAAGACAAUAGAGCACCACA